GUUCCCGCCACCUGCUCCAGCGACCUGGUCCUGCAUCGACCACCCGUCUCCACAAUCUGGACAGACAGCGAAACCAACUGCCGAUCUCGCGAGUAAUCCCGAGUGUCCCUCGCCUCCCCAGCUUCGGCUCUUGUGCCUUCAGUCCCCGGCCCUCCCCCUCUCCUCCCCGACGCCAGCGGCGAUCCUCAUCAUGGGCUCCCGCGCACGACUGCCGUCCUUUGCCGACCUCGACUCGAGCAUCUCCUUUCACCGUCGCCAGCGACUGCACAGCGCAUCGGCUUCUGAAUCCUCGUCGCCCUACCACUAUCCCCUUGUCAGCUCAGCGCCACGGCUAUCGAGUGCACCUCGCUCCUAUGAUCGCUCCUACGACAUUGCCUCGAGGCGUCCGCUCGUCAUGACCGCCCCGCUGUAUCCGCAUUCAGCCUCGGAUCGAUCCUCGCAAUCGCUGGGUGGCCGGCUCUCGACCCCGGGCACCAGCGAAGGCCGAUACAACCCAUCACCACCCGGCUCGAUCCGAAACUUUGAAUACGCCUCUGGGGCUUCUCACCAACCGCUUGCACCAUCUAUGCCGGUUGAACCUCCCCGUGCUCCUGCAUCCUCGUUGUCGGCCUACGGCGAGGCAGCUACGCCGUCCAAAAAGUCUCAUCCCUCAGAUCCAGCAUCGUACCCGCCGUCGCUGUCGGCGCCAUCGCCUGCUCCGCAACCGCAACCACAAUCCUAUCCAACGCCUUCGCCUGUAUCGCAACCAGGCCGCCCGGGCUACCACAUCUCGUCCCAGUCCAACCCACGCACCGAGGCUGGCCCUGCGUCUGCUUGGUCUCACGGCGACCUACUGCCCUCGGGCCGACCGCUCUCGGACCCGGGGGUUGGGCCAUCGUCGCUGAGCCAAGCCAUGUCGAUCCGCCAACAGCCCGAACUGCUGCCGCAUCAGGCUUACUCCUUGGAUCGCUCUGUGUCCAGCCACAGCCGCCAACCGAAUAUACAUUCCGCAGACCCAAAAGACUUGUCUUGGACUGAUGCUCGGCUCCAUCCAAAUCGACAUCAGGCGGACGACCAUCGGCCAAUGAUGGGCCAGCCCGCUCACCACUCCGGCGCUCCCGAUCAACCCAUGGCUCACCACCAUCCGAUUCACCAUCCGGUUCACCAUCCGCUUCCGCACCACCUUGCACCGCAGCACCACCCACAUCAUCACCCACAGCAGCCGCAGCAACUGCAGCAACCGCAGCCAUCCUAUCCUCCUCCGCAGCAACAUUCUCUGGUGCAUCACCGAGCGGCGCUGCACUAUCCACAGCACAACCCCCAGUUGAGCUCAGCCGCACCAUCCCAUCCAGACGUCUACCCCGGUGGCUACGAUGCCCACUUGGCAUAUCCACCGCUGGUGGCCGACGAACCGAGCCAGCACGCUGCUGACUAUCCCAGCCUGGACAAUCGCAAGAAGCGGCGUCGUGUCAAUCCCGAGCAACUCGCUAUUCUGAGUGCCACCUUCGAGCGGACACACUUCCCAUCCACCAACGAGCGGCUCGAGCUUGCUCGGCGAUGCGACAUGACCCCACGGGCUGUCCAGAUUUGGUUCCAGAACCGGCGCCAGGGAUGGAAGGCCCGCAACCGCAAUGCCGCACAGGAGAAUGCGUCCAAACCCACCGACAGCAAGGAUCCGGCGGCCAGUACUACGAUCUAUCCGGAAACAUCGUCGCCUCAUUCGACAGACUGCAUCAAUUCGAACGCCUCGGACUCACCACAGCCGGUGCCGUAGAAGUGCACCUAGUGCAACCUGUGCCGAUGAGACUGACGAGCGACACACACUGGUGUGCCUCGACCAAGCUUGCCUCGGCGUGGCCGACGA